AUGAACAGCUGCUCCAUCUGCUAUCGGGUGACAGCCAAGCCCCAGGGGCCCGCGGUCUUUUCUGCCAAUUACAAAGACUGCCAUGCCCUGGAGAAGGAUGGGCGCUCCCACCCGAGGGUGUUCGUGGAAGCUGUGCUGCCCAAUGGCACUCUGAUCUGUCCCAAACCUGAUCACACCUGGACUCCAGACUCCCACCUGGCACCACCCACCACAUUCUCCCUUCCUGCCCCUCAUCCCCCUAGGUACCCUCUGACUCAGGAACAGUGCCAGAUGGCCUCCAGGCACAUCCCCCACAGAGUGAGAAGAAGUUCAAAGGAAGCAUCAGCUGGCUUCUGUCAUGACACCAGAGAGGGUCCCUGUUACUAUGGCAACACAGCGACUGUCCAGUGCUUCAGAAACAGUCACUUCGUCCUGGUGGUGUCCCAGGAAACCGCCUUGGUGUGCAGGACACUGAUCAAUCUCCACCUGGCCCGCACCACCCCCGGCUGCCCCCCAACCAGGAGGCGGGAUUCCGUGGUCUCCAUGGCUGGCCCUCUCACUUGCUGUGACACCACAGUCCAGGAAGACUGUCUCUUCCUACAGGUGGACCGCAUCCAGCACAACCAGCUGGUGACCAACAUCGGCAUCUGGAUGGGGCCACAGGGUUCCAUCACGUGGGACGGCACCUUCAGGCUUCACAUCCACUGUGUCUUCAACGCCAGUGACUUCCUGCCCCUCCAGGCGCCCCUCUUUCCUCCCCCUCCAGCCACUGUGACUCAGCACAGCCCCCUGCGGCUCCAGCUGCAGAUCGACAAGGGAAAAGGGUACAACAAGGCUUUCAGCUCCUACCACAGGGAGGGGGACCACCCCAUUGUGGGGCUGCUUCAAGAGUCUGACCCCAUGGAGGUCUGGCUCCUGCAGAGGACAGACCCCAUUCUGGUCCUGGUGCUGCACCACGCCAACCCCUUCCAGUAUCCUCAGUGGCCCAUCCAGUCAGGUGAGUGUCCUUUCGGUGACAGCUCAGGACCUGAAUGAUGGCCUUGGAGGGUAGCUCUGCCCUUCCACUCUCACUACCAGUGCUUCACCGUUGCCACCUUCGCCCUCCUGGACACUGGCUCCUGGAGGGCCCGCAGGGGCCAGGUUUACUUCCUCUGCGGCACCUCUGCCUGCUGCCCCUCAGGGCUGAAGACUUACUUGACUACAUGUAGCUCUGGGGCUGCGGGACGGCAAUGAGCCUCAGGUCACCACAAUGACAUUGCCAUCCAGAGCAUGGUAAGCUCUCCCGGGCCACUGGGCUUUGAGGAUUCCUACAGGUGGGAGUCUACGCUGGGGCCUGCAGGCUCCACCAUGAACUGCAGCCCAAGUCCUCUCCUCUGGGUAAUUCUUUUGCUGUUGGCUGUUGCCCUGGUCUGAGGGGUUGGCGUCUUUGUGGACCUGAGUCAGGCCAAGCCCAGAAGCUCCUGGAAGGCAACAGAAGGUGAACAGGCUGAAUAG